AUGGUUUCUUUGGCUCUUGAGAUCGUUGGUAUCACGCUCUCCACUCUGGGAUGGAUUCUGAGUAUUGUCUGCUGUGCUCUACCCAUGUGGCGGGUGUCGGCGUUCAUCGGCGCCAACAUUGUGACGGCGCAGGUGUACUGGGAGGGCCUCUGGAUGAGCUGUGUCUUCCAGAGCACGGGUCAAAUGCAGUGCAAGAUGUACGACUCCAUGCUGGCCUUACCGCAGGACCUCCAAGCCGCUCGGGCCCUCACCGUCGUGUCCAUAAUCAUCGGGAUCCUCGCCCUUCUCAUCGCCACGGUAGGAGCCAAAUGCACCAACUGUAUCCCAGACGAAGGCAUGAAAGCCCGGGUCAUGGCAUCUUCCGGUGGAGGGUUCAUCACCGCAGCCUUGGCUUUGCUAGUUCCAGUUUCUUGGUCGGCGAAUACGAUCGUGGUCGAGUUUUACAGCCCCAUCAUUCCUUCGGCGCAGAAGAUGGAGAUCGGGGUGGCCUUGUACCUGGGCUGGGCGGCGGCCGCUCUGCUCAUGAUCGGAGGCUGUAUCCUUUGCUGCAGCUGUCCUCCGCAAGAAGAAAAAGGAAUGAAAUACAGCAUUCCUCCGCAAAGUCGGGUGGCGUAUUCGGUCGCGCCCAGAUCAGUGGCUCAGAGCUCGUAUAACCGGAAGGAUUACGUGUGA